AUUAUACCCCUUUUACAACUUCACAUCGAUUAAACCGUAUUCCAGGUUCCGACAUUACAUUUAUUUCCUCUCGAUUUGAUUAUAUAAACGUUACUUUAUGCGUUGUACAAUUGCUAUAAGCAAAUGCUUUAACGCGUCACGAAAUUUCGUUAGACGUUUAAUCGCAUCUAUUAGUCGAUCGACGUAAUCGAAGAAUUCAUUGCUGCAAUUUAUUGCAAUUAAAUUCGCUUUAUCGAGCCACAGGAGACAGUAACGCGCGUGACGUAACGCGCUUUCGUAAUAACGAUAUCAAAUACCUGGCUAAAAUACAGACAAUGCAAGGACCAAAAAAGAGGAAAAGGAAAGAAAUUCCCUUUAAGGAGAAUUAGCGAUCUUACGGUUCUUCUGUUCGAUCGGAGAGAUCUGAAAAAUAUUACCGUGUAUCGAGAACGGAGAGGCAUUGCGUAAGAGACCGAGGAGGUUCGAUCGGAAUUACGUCCGGAAUCGUUUUUACGAGGCACGAGCGAGAACGACGGAAUCUGAGGCGAGUAACGAUCGCGCCGCUCCUUCCGAAGUGAAAGAAAAAGAAACGCCGAAGAAGACUGGUCGCUGCGAUCAUUGCACGCUAAAUUGCUGGCUCCUCCUCGACGAGUGAACGGACAAGAGAGCGAUUCGAAACAGUUCGAAUGUACAGGGGGUAUGUUACGCGUGCGGCAGAUCCGGGGAUCCGGUAGUAAUCAACCAGCUGGUUGGUAGCCCGUGGGAAAACGGCUUAACGCCGAACGAACGCCUUUGCACGGUGUGGUAGCACAAUCGGUCCACUUUAAUGUUGGCGGACGAGUAGGAUUUUCCGGGGAGUGGGCCAGCAGCCACGGCGAAAGUGCCGGUAUAUAUGCCAGUGAUUGGCGCGAUGUAACUUCAGUGUGCACCUUCGAACGAUACCAUGAGCACUCCACAGAAGCUUAUAAUACUCGCCUUGGUGGCGACAGCCCUGGCUGGGGAUGCUAAGGAAUCGAGCACGAAACCCGCCAUUGAGACGAAAGAGAAGAGCAAACGAGGACUGGAACUGAGUCUUGGAGGCGGCGGUGGCCUAGGAAGUUACGGAGGCCUGGGAGGUCAUGGAGGUUUGAGUCUCGGCGGAGGCCUGGGAGGCCACGGAGGUUUGAGUCUCGGUGGAGGCCUUGGUGGAGGUCUCGGCGGAGGUCUAGGUGGAGGAUUGGGAGGAGGAGGAGGAGGAGGCGGAGGCGGCGGCGGUGACGGAGGUCGUAUAACUGGUAUCACGAUUCACCGAGAGAAUCAAGUUCGUGUACCACAACCGUACGCAGUCGAAAGGAACGUAGCUGUACCAUACCCGGUCCCAGUUAAGAUUCCCGUGGAAAACCCAAUCCCUGUGCACGUACCGAAACCUUACCCAGUUCCAGUAGAGAAAGCAGUACCGGUGCCAGUGGAGAAACCGGUCCCAGUGCCGUAUUCCGUGCCCGUCAAAGUGCCCGUCAAGGUGCCUUUCCCGGUUAGCGUGCCAGUAAAGGUUCCGGUCGCGAUCGAAAAGGAGGUUCCUUAUCCAGUCAAGGUUCCUGUCGUCGUUAAGGAGUCCUACCCUGUUUUGGUUAGCGCUGGCGGUGGCGGUGGCGGCGGCGGUCUNNNNGGCGGAUUUGGAGGUGGAUACGGAGGUGGACACGGAGGUGGAUUCGGAGGAGGUGGUUUUGGAGGACACGAACUGUCCCUCGGCUUACAUCAUUAGAUAAGGAUGAACUUCAUCGACGUGGAUCUUCAUUCACACUCAUAUAUUUGUAUAU